UUCAAGAUCGAGUACAAACCUGGCCGCCUGAACACCAUUCCGGACGCGCUGUCCCGCCGAGACCAAGACAUCCCAAAAGGAUCCGACGACGAGAGAAUCCGCAGUCGUUUCAUUCAAGUUCUGAAGGGGGAGAGUAUAGACCACCUACGAACCAACGCAACUACCACAGAGACAACCCCCCUGCAGCAGCUAUGGGACGAAACUAUCCCUCAGGACGAACAGUACCAAGACCUCCUAAAGGCCGCGACGGAGAAUGCCAGACAGGUCCCCGCAGCGUACAAACACUUGAAAUUGUCAAUGACGGACCUCUCGACUGCCGACUCCCGGCUACUAUAG